AUGGAACUCACCACAUAUAGCGGAACCUUUCUUGGUGGAGUAAUUUGGGCCAAUUUUGGUGCGUGCAUGAUUAUGGGUUUCGUAGUACAGAGUUCUCAUCUAUGGAAAUUGUCUGUUUCUUUGAAAUACGCUUCAAAAGCUAAACACCCUUUGUAUAUAGGAUUGGGGACAGGCUUCUGUGGUACAUUCUCAUCUUUCUCUACCGUAAUUCUUGAAGCUUUUGAAAAGGCUGCCAAUGUAGAAGCUGGCUCAACUAAUUAUCACUAUCCCACUGCUGGCUAUGGGAUCAUGGAAUUUUUGGCAGUUAUACUAGCUCAUUUGGGUACAUCUAUACUAGCUUUUAACAUCGGAAAACAUAUAUGUGAAGCAAUUGAGUAUCAAUAUCCUUACUCUUUUUCAACAACAAUAAGUAAGAUUGCGGUAGGAUUAGCACAAGCCGUAGGAAUUAUAGCAUAUAUAGUAGUAAUUGUCCUAAUUGCAACAAAGAGGGAUGGUGAUUGGAGAGUUUGGACAUUUUCAUGCUUAUUUGCGCCUAGUGGAGCAAUUUUAAGAUACUUCCUCUCUAUUCACGUUAAUCCGAUGGUGAAAGGCUUCCCCAUGGGUACAUUUGCAGCCAAUUUACUGGGCACUUUGGUCCUAGCUAUACUAACUUUGGUUGUUAGAGGCAAAGUUCCUGGAAGCACUGACGAAUCGCAAUUAAUAACUAAUGUAUUGCAUUGCCAAGUGAUAACCGGAGUAGACGAUGGAUUUUGUGGAGCUCUCACCACUGUGAGCACCUUUGUCUCAGAAUUGGAUAGCUUGAAAACGAAGCAAGCUUAUAAGUAUGGAGCACUUUCUAUUUUAUCCAGUUUUUGUUUGGUAGUGGUUACCCUUGGAGCUUAUAAUUGGAGUGUCGGGUUGACAGAUCCAGUGUGUUAA